GCAGUCGGAAGAGGUCUGGGAGUGUCUGAGCAGCUCGUUGGACGUGAAUCCCACCCGCAGUAACUGAACUGAACCCAGGAGCAUCUGCAUGAACAAUGAACCGGCUGACUUGGGAGGAAAUGAUUUGAAACGGACAUGAACGGGACGUUUGAGGAGUGUCGAGCUGAUGGGAAUUUACACCAGCAGUGAUUUUUACGGGAUUUCUGUGCUGUGAAUGACCUCUAACGGUACAGGGAAUUAGUAAUUUGUAUUACUUUGUUGUCUGGAGUGCCAAUCCUCUUACAGACUGAUAGCAUUACACUGGCGGGCUCGUGUCUGUGCUUUUUAAUGAACUUUCACUGUAACCUUUGUGAAAACUGCAAACAUAUCGAAAGGCUUGGUCACCGUAGUGUCUCCUCUUAUUUAUCUACACUGAUAUAGUCUUAACGGUCUGCUAGAUUUAUCUAAGGGGAACAUAGUUAAGCAAACUCAUCUAUUUUAUUUUUAAAAAGAGGGAUUUUGCUAUUUUUUUAACCCACUGUGCAUCACCAGCUGCCACAAACACAGAAGUGAAUCUGAUUUGCUGCAGAUCACCACAAUAUUAAACAGAGCACAGCUCUGACUUUUGUUUUUGAGACACUGCUGGCACAAUAAGCUGCGGGGUGUCAUGAGGUGGCCAUCUGUUAUGGGAUCCUGCUUAAAACUGCGAGCAGAUUAACCAGUGAGAGGUCCAAGGCAUCAGCAGGCAGGACGUUAGUGUGCCUGGACUCUGUGUUGGAGGAGGAAGAGGAGGUGGAGGAGGGAUGCUGAGGGCCACUGUGGGCUGUGUGCUGGAGAGAGAUGAGGAGCAGGAGGAUGAGGGUGAAGAAGAGUUGAGGGAUGGAGGGGUCCCUUUCUAUGUCAACAGAGGAGGCCUACCAGUGGAUGAGGAGACUUGGGAGAGGAUGUGGCGUCAUGUGGCUCGAACUCACCCCCAUGGUGAGGCUUUGGGGAAGGAUAUCCGGGGUGCCACUGACCUUCCCAAGAUUCCAAUACCGAGUGUGCCUACAUACCAACCUACCACCACUGUCCCACAACGCCUGGAAGCCAUACAGAAAUACAUCAGGGAAUUGCAGUACAAUCACACAGGGACGCAGUUUUUUGAAAUCAAGAAGAGCCGCCCUCUAACUGCGUUGAUGGAUAUUGCUAAAGAGAUGACACGGGAGGCUCUGCCAAUCAAAUGCCUGGAGGCGGUAAUCCUAGGGAUUUACCUCACCAACAACAUGCCCGGAGUAGAGCGCUUCCCCCUCAGCUUUCAGUCUCACUUCUCAGGGAACCACUUCCACCACAUCGUGCUGGGAGUUCACAGCGGGGGACGCUUUGGUGCGCUGGGCAUCAGCCGUAGGGAGGACCUCAUGUUCAAGCCCCUGGAGUUUAAGACACUCAUGGACCUGGUGCAGGAGUUUGAAGGAGCCUACAGGGGCUACUGGCACACGCUAAGGAAGGUUAGGAUUGGCCAGUAUGUGUCCCAUGACCCUCACAGCGUGGAGCAGAUUGAGUGGAAACACUCCAUACUCGAUGUGGACAAGCUUACCAAGGAGGAGCUGCGGAAGGAGCUGGAGAGGCACACUCGAGACAUGCGGCUGAAGAUAGGAAAGCCUGCACCACCCUCUCCCACCAAAGACAGGAGGAACAGCAUGGGCUCACCGCUGCGAGGACAGAGCAGUCCCAUACGCAGACUCAGCCGCGUCGAGAGACGUCCCUCUGGAGAGAAGAAGGUUUUGGAGCAAAAACCGUCCACAGACAUGAAUGGAUACCAGAUUCGAGUCUGAAAAGGAAGCCUAGCUUUGUUUUUAAAGUAACAAGGUACCAAACACAAGUCUGAUGGGGCCAUUACAUUACUCUUUGGACAAACUGGUCUAUUCACAGGAUCCAAUGUUGGUUACCAGCAACUUUGACUAAAAAACAAACCUUCAUUCAUUUUGUGUCCCUGAUUCUGUGUUGUUGGGGGCUUUCUGGAGCACUCACUGCGAAUGGUAAUUGGUGCUGGCUAGGCUCCCAAAUUAUAAAUAAGCGGGGUCAAAAAAGUGCAUCUUGGUAAGUCUUUCCAACUCGUACAAGAGAGAUAUGACUCUUCCCUCACACGGAGUAAACCACCACCCAGUGUAAUCAUACUGGACAUAUCAGAUGUCUGUGGUGUUAUUUGGUUCAACAAAAGCUCUUAAUGCAUCGUCUGCAAUCUGUAUCGUUGUACUGUAAGUGUGCAUAUACAUGUGAUGUGAUUUGAAAUCCACUUAGGCUCUGCUGGGCAGCGACUGCUUGUGUUGUGACUAGUUUGCAAACCACUACCCUUGUGCCUUGUUUGAAAGUUCAAAGAGACUUGUUUUUAUAUCCAAACCCUUUACUCUCAUUACAUUACUCUGCACUUCCACAAUACUGAAAAUCAAUAAAAGAAAUUGUCAUUUUUUUAGUAGACUUGUCAUAUCCAGAUGCUAGUAUGUUGAACUUUCUAUUACUGACUGAAAUGUUGACUGGGGGAUUUCAUCACAAGUUGUACUAAAGUAUAUUUAAGUGGAGGCGUCUGUUAAACUUUUACAUAAGAAACUACAAAGGUGAUUUGUGGCAAUCCAGCUGACUGAGCUCUUCUGCAUUUAAUGUGGAUUUAAAGAAAUUGAGGUCAAUUAUAAUGUACUGUAUGAUGGCUUUAUAGAUACAUUGUUUCAUACUUUUAUUUGUAGCAGUUUUUUCAAAAUUUUCACUUGCCUUAAGUGGUAUCCAAGCAACUGACUUCCAUUCAAGGUGUACAGAAGUUUGUUUGCAGCAAUUUUGUAUUUUUUUAAUGGGGAUUCUGCCAUUUUAUACAACCUUCAGUGUUGCUGAUGACCCGUUGACCACCUAAUAUCUACCACAACUGAUUUUUAAUUUUAACACACUUGUAUGAGUUCGGCACUGUAGAUGUCCACUUUAAUUUCAGUGCUCCAUAAGGCACUUGUUUUGUA